UUUAGAUUGAACUCUAGAAUGGAAGGAGUUGCAGAAGGCACAGAGGGCAUCAAUAAGACACAAGAUGAAAUGAAUGCAGAAGAGAGUAUGGAGGUGGAGAAUGGAGGACAGAAAGAAGAAGUAGACCAGGACCAAAAAGAAGGGAGCAUUGAGAAUGGUGAUGGGAACAAGAAGAAUUCAGAGAAGGACAAGGACAAGACAGGGGAAGGUGAAGCAGAAGGAGAAGGAGAAGAUGAGGGCUCUGAUCCUUAUGCCUAUACAAGGAGGGAUGAAUUCACAUCAGAAAAUUUCAAAAUUGAAGUUCGUGGACUCCCUCGGUACUACCCUGUUGGGCAACUCAAGAAACUACUGAACGAUACACUGCAAUUAAAUGCUCAUAAGGUGAAGCCAGCUGGCCAGGGUAAGACUUGGGCAUAUGUCACCUUCAGGGACGAGAAGGCAAGGCAGAAAGCACUUGUGGUUCUUGAUAAGUACAAGUGGAAGAAGUGCAUACUUACAUCUUCGAUUGCAAAGCCAGUGGAAGAUCCACUGAUAAAACAGCGGGAACAGUCUGACCAGAGGUCGAACUCAGUAUCCAAUGACAAGCUUACCAUCUUGGAGAAGGUUGUGAAGAGUGUCACACCCUAUGCACACUUGUCUUAUGAUGACCAGUUGAAAGAGAAAGAGAAGAUAGCAAAGAAUGUGUUGCGCAAGUUUGGCUCAGAGCUGGGCAGGGUGAACCCAGAGCUGACUGAGUGGGUGACAUGGCACAAGCUGCGACGCAAGGGCCAAGUUUGCGAGAUUGACCCCAUCAUCCCCUCACCUGUUACUGAUGCAUACCGCAACAAAUGCGAAUUCACUAUUGGAAUUAAUCCAGAGACAGAGCAACCUACAGUGGGUUUCCGUAUUGCCAGUUACCGUGAGGGAUCCAUGUGUGUGGCACCAAUAGAGCAUCUCUGUCACUUGCCCGAUCCAAUGAAGAAGGUUGUGAAGGUAUUUGAAACUUUUGUCCGAAGUUCAUCAUAUAUGCCAUUUAGUCCACUUACCCACGAUGGUGUUUGGCGACAGCUGACUGUCAGAACUACUCGUAAUAAGGACAUCAUGGUUGUAGUUGUGGUUCACCCUCAACAAAUGAAUGAUGAAGAACUUGGUGCAAUCAAGAAGAGUAUUGUUGACCUGUUUCUUGAAGGUGCAGGAAAGCCAUUAGGAGUCACUUCAAUAUUCUUCCAAGCAUAUGGCCAGAAAGAGCGAGGAGUUGAAGAAAAGUAUGAACAUCUUUGGGGAGAACAGUUCAUCACAGAAACCAUCCUUGGGAAGAAGUUCCGUGUGUCACCUGAUGCUUUUUUGCAAGUAAAUACAGCUGCUGGGGAAGUACUCUAUGAGACCAUUGGCAAUGUGGCAGCUCUAGAUGGCACCUCAGUGCUACUUGAUGUUUGCUGUGGCACUGGAACAAUUGGUAUCUCACUAGCCGAGCGGUGCUUGAAAGUAUAUGGAGUAGAACUGGUGAAAAAAGCUGCAGAGGAUGCAAGGUUUAAUGCUGAAAAUAAUGACAUCAAGAAUGUUGUUAUAUAUGAAGGGAAAGCUGAAGAUCAUGUAAAAACAAUGGUAGAAAAUUGUGAGCAAUAUGACACCAUUGGUGUUGUUGACCCACCACGUGCAGGACUACAUGGAAAUGUGGUCUGUGGCCUUCGUCGCUGUGAGAACAUGAAACGCCUUGUGUAUGUGUCUUGUGAUCCAGCCAAUGCAUGCAAGAAUUUUAUCAACUUGGCCAGAGGGAAGAGCAAACAGUACAAAGGCGACUUCUUCAUACCAAUAAGGGCAGUUCCCAUUGACCUCUUCCCACACACUCCUCACUUUGAGCUGGUUAUUCUCUUUGAGCGGUGGGAUGAGCUGAAGUGGCGACGCAUCAUGGAAGGUGAUCCCCUACCUCGUGAUGCUGAGUACUUCAAACGCAUUCCUUCUAUCCAUUAUGAUGCUAAAAAAGCUGAUAGGGAAGGGAAGCAGGUUCGUGACUCAAACACAGGCAUGGGCGUAUGGAAAGCUGUCUCGAAGGAUCGGGGUCCACCCAAUAAAGGACGCCCCUACUACAAGCCCCGCCACCACCCUUAUGGGCGAGACUACCCACAGGAUCAAGACCGACCUUAUUACCAGAACUACAAGAGAGGAUCCUACCAAGACUUUGAGCCCGACUACUAUGGAAGGAAUUACCGCCAGUCGUACACCCAGGAUUAUCGCAGUGACUAUGGUCCCCCUGAAAGACAUGGUCCACCCCCUUCAAGAGCAGGACCUAUCCAGCCUCCUUCAAGAGCUGGACCUCAUCAGCAUCCUUCAAGAGCAGGACUUAAUCAGCCUCCUUUCAGAGCUCCGCUUUCAGGUCCUCCUCAUGGUCAUGGGCCUUCACCUCAGCCUGGUCCGCAUAUUCCACCCUUUUCACAGCAUAGUUCAAGAUUCAGGCCAAAUUUUCGGGGUGAUUAUUACUAAUUUUAUUCAGGCAUUAUAUUUCUUAAUUUUUAUUGAUCAGGAUCUGAAGGGUCUUAUUGCUUGAUCAAUUUUAAUGAAGUGCAAACAAUUCUGGACUGUAAAUGGAAAUUUCAGUGCUAUGCACUUUUUAGACAAUAGGACGAAACAUUCUUAGCAAAGUGAUGUCUCAUAAUUCUUUUUAUACUGAAUUUUCCACUUUCCUUUGAAUAAUUUAUUUAGAAAACAUUUGAUGUCAUUUUUUAAUAAACAAAUUUCUUCAAGAAAUAAGUAUUAAAUCUGAAGACAGGAUGAAUGUGCCAUGGCUGUAUGAAAAAUGUUGUAGUUUUGGUUCAUUACCAAAUAAUAUAAUUAAGAGGAAGUAUAUUUUCUGUGCUGGUACACACAGAAUACAUUUACUGUAACUUCUCAGUUAUACUUUUAUUUAGAUAAUUUCUCUUUCAUCACUGAAGACACUUGCAUAAGUUAUGAUAUGUAACAAUGACAUAGAUGAUAUUUUGGAUUACAAAUAGUAUGAUGUGCAUUUUGAUUCAUUUUUAAUGUGUCCCUUAAUAUGUUUGGUAAGAGCUCAAUUAAUACAUUACUGGAGUAGUGUAACUGAUGUUCACGUGAGGAUUGGAUUUGACAUUAUUCAUUUAUUCAUAUAUAUUUUUAUUAUUUUUUAAUUUCUACUUUUCUCUCUAUAUUUGAAAUAAGUUUUUCAUGGUACAUGAAUGCGUGUAUGAACAUGUAUGUGCAAUUUUCUGUUUGUGUGUUUUUAUGCAUGUGUGUAGUGCACAUCUGGACAUUUGCACAGAUAUGUAUGCAUACAUGUUGUGGCUAUUAGGUAUAUCCAUGCAUGUUUUGCCCAUGUGUAUUGUGCCAAAGAAAGUAUUUAUAAGUGGAGAGAUCAGCUUCAGCUAUUACAAGUUAGGGCCAGUGGUUAAGAUAUUUGACUUCUUUUCUUCUUUAUAUGAUGUUUUUUUCAAACAAUGUUGCAGUGAUAACAAUGAUAACUAAUAGUUUGAGUAACAGAUAUUUGGUAAGGUUUAUUAGAUGCACAAAGUUGAACUUGUACUAAGCUACUUAGGAGUAUGACCUGUUACCAGUAAGAAUGUGACCCAACAGCCCUAUCUACAAUUGAAAUACUGCAAUGCUCAUUUCUGCACAUAAAAUAUUAAAAAGGUGAUUCAGUUACUUGCAAAGAAAAUAGACAUGGCACAACUGACAGAGGCAAGAAUUAAACAGGAACUGAAAGUGAUGCUUAAAUUUCAUACUACCUCAACAUUUGACAAAAAUCAAUGUCUUUAUGUAAAUAACAAAGAACAAGAUUAAAAUGCACUGUUAGUGUGUUAGAGAGGAAGUAGUGCGGAGUUCUAUUUAAUUUUGAGCAGAUAAAAAUCUGUAAUUUAGAUCUGAGAAUAAAGUGAAAGAAGCAAGGAUUACCAUACUUGAACUAUGGACACAAGAAGAGUAGUCAGUCUUACUUAUGCAAAUGUCAUCACUUUUUGUUAAGGCUCUCACAUAUGUAUGUACGUGGUCAUGAGCUAGUUGAAUUAUUUUAUUUUUCAAAAAUGAUAAGCCGAGCUUAGAAAAUCUGUAUUAGGGGGAAAUGUACCUGAAUAGCCAGAUAUUGGCAGGAUGAAAGCUAAACUCCAGAUACAGGUUAUGGUUUGCUGCUCUUGUGAGCAGUUGUGGGUAGCUGUUGUUACUACAGUGCUGAGAUACCAAGUUGUGAAACCUUCUCAUAGUGGCUUUCAUGCAUUAUGAACACCUUUUAGUUUUCAAGGCACUGAAGCCAAUUUUUUGCUGUGCUUUCAGUUUUUGUGUUCUUGAGGUUGAAUGCACGUGUAGAUGGAAAUCUUUUUCAGGAAUUUUGUACUAUUGAUUCACAGUGCUGUUUUGAGUCUUCAGAAAUACAAAAGUUUUUACUCAUGAUUUGUAAUGUAUAGAUAAAAUAAAAAAAUGUUAUAAGGGUAAUGCAUUUUAUAGCUAAACCAGUUUUACAAAAAAAAAAAAAAAAAAAGAU